AUGGACUUUUACAAAAACAAACGACAGCAAGAUUCACAGUUAUAUAUGUGUAAUGAUCAUACUCUGCCUGAGCGCACAUUUUGUGUCAAUCGGGACGAAGACGAGGAAGAAUUUAGCUCGUUCGGCUCAUUUGAGCGUUCUCACGAUUCAUCUGGCAUAGCUUCAGAGGAUUCCUAUGGGGACCAAAACUACUAUCGAUCAGAAGAGAGCUUGGAUAAAUUAGAGAUUACUGCCGCCGAUGACGAUUCUCAGAGUUCCAAGAGAACUGUUUGGGUGGAACCAGCUCCGGAGACAACUGAAAAUGUCGUCCGACUAGGACCUUGGUCAAAAAAGAAUACUAAGCACGUGAAAAUUACUUCCCCGAAAAAAGGGACUUUACGCCUUGUGACAAACUACCAAAUCCGCCAUAUCGACGUGAAAAAAUUAGAAUUCAAGAAGACUAUUGUAAAUGAAGAUGUCGAAGAGCAAGAUCCGCAAACUGAUGUAAAAGCUAAGCUUGCAGCAGUCAGGAAAGCUAAGAAAGAAAAAAAGGUUUACGACUACUUACAGAGCUCUGCAGAAAGUGACAUUGAAAGUACAAGAAGCUCCGAAGGAGAAUUCAAAAUUGUAGACAGCCUUUCAAGCAAUGAAAAUGAAGAAAGGAGAGAUAAUAAACGGACUAGCUCGACCGCCAGCGGAGAACAUAAUUUGCCAUCUUCGAAGAAACAGCGAAUGAUUUUAGUAGAUUACUAUGCUAGUCCAACUCCCGGAAAGGUCACUCAAGUAAAACAAUCUGAACCAGAACUGCGCAAAGUGGGUGUUCAAGAAAACAAAUCGGAUCAGCAGACAACUGUAAAUCCUCGAGCCAACAGAAAUUCUCCAGAGCAGAGUGACAAAGCAGAAAAGUCUGAAGAACUCACUCAUAAAGAUUUGGUGAAAUUCGAAUUCAACAUACACUUUUCACUUCAUAAAGCAACUACGGCUAGCUACAAGAUUGAUUUCUGCGUGAAAACCGCUGCAUCUUGCAUUCGCGGCUCCAAAGAGUUCGAAGAGUAUCUCAAAGCUCGACGCAAAGAAGCACAGAAUAUUUUCAAACGGAAGAGAAAAAGAGACAAAAAUAAGUUUAUGGCAUCGACUAAGACUCCCGAAGAAACUCAAGAUGAAGCCAUAAUUGUUAGCGAAGAGGAGAAGCUAUUGACAAAGCUCGAGUUCAAUCUUUGCUUCUCGCUUCACAAGUGUGACGUUAGAAAACUGAACGGAGACUUCUGCGUGAGAACAGCUGCAAGCUGCGUUCGAAACUCAGAAAUUUUUCAAAAUCAUCUGAAGAAAAGACUGGCAGAAGUGCGCGCUAAAUUCAAGCAAAUGAACAAGGAUGGAAGAACUGCUGAAGUCGUGGCAGAGAGCAAGCUUCUUCGAAUCUGUGAGCAAAUAGCUGCUAGUAAAGACGACAGCAUCUUCAAUAAUAUCGCAUUUCGAGCACUUGUGCAUUCUUGGAGAACUUCGCCCGCUUCAAAAGACAUUUACGAGACUAGAAAACAGAUUUACAAAGACAUCGUCGCUCCGGAAUUGAAUAAGAUCUACCGUCGUAUGAAAGAAAACACUGAAAAGAGUUAA